UUGAUAGGGGGCACAAUGGGUCAAGGUCAACUAAGCGAGGCUGUGCAUUGUGAUCGUAGCAUGGCCAGAAUGACGACAGCACGUGUAGUAGACCGUGGAUAUGCCUGGAUCGUUCUGUUCGCAACGUUCUGCGUGAUGUUUAUCUGCGGGAUGUUGAUGUACUCACCAGGGGUGAUCAACACCGCCAUCUUGGAGGAAGUUGACAGCGACCUCUCGCGGACGUCAUGGGUUGGCUCAACUAUGUUAGGGACCUUCACCUUAAUGGGUCCGUUGGCGGGUGUGAUCACCAACAGACUGGGCUACAGGCUGUCCUGUUUCGGCGGAGGAACACUCAUCCUGUUGGGACUCUCUUCAGCGUCGUUCGUUCAUGAUGUUACUGGACUCAUCGUAACGUAUGGAGUCAUCGCAGGUUUUGGCGUUGGUCUAGGGCUGAAUUCCGCGUGUGUGGCACCUGGCCAUUACUUUGUCAACAGACGAAGUCUGGCAUUUGGCGUGACUGUAUCAGGGGGUGGUAUGGGCAUGUUUGCCGGGGGUCCACUAAUUCAGCUGCUGGUCCAGGAGUACAAUCUAAGCGGUUGUCUUCUUAUCUUUGGCGCCAUCUCCUCCAACAUGUGUGUUGCAGCCUGUCUUCUGAGACCCGUACGAAUCACCAAGCAGGAAAUUAUAACAGAAACCACAUUAGAGGAACCUGACAUAUCAGAAAGAUUUGUGAAGGAUUCAGCUGUAUCAGGAGAGAAAUGUUCUGUUGACAGUGUCGAUUGUUUAUCUGCAAUAGAGCCAUUGAUGGAGGACAACUGUAACGAGAGUGGAGGUGCAGUUCAACAUACCACAAACUUUGAGGAAGACUACAUCAACGUAAAGCCUGACGUUAGCAUGUCAGAUGAGCGUGAAUGUCACCAAUUUACAUCCAGUAAUGACGAUAAAUGCUUCAUUCACGCAAAUAAUUAUAAAGGCACCACAACAAAAGAAGAUGGAUCAUAUUAUGAGCACAAAUCGCCCGACCCUUUCAGAAAUUGCUUCAAAAGGAUCAAAAGAAUAACCAUCAUAAACAAAUAUGGAUUCAUGAGCUACUGUCUCGGUUAUUUGUUCUGGGCAGUGGGUGAAGGAGCAUGCCUGUUCCAUCUUCCUAACUAUGCCAAGCAUAAAGGUAGCACAGACACUCAGGCAGCUAGUCUUUUCACGGUUAUGGGAGUGACAAGCCUAACUUCAAGGCUCCUUGCAGGAUUUGCAGGAAAUGAUGCCUCGGUGGACUAUUUGACACUUCACAUGGGACUUCUGGGAAUGAGUGGACUCCUGACACUGUGUUUCCCCCUUUUCUCAAACUCCUACGCUCUACAGUUGACGUUUAGUGCUGCAUAUGGGAUGUAUAGCGGUGGUCCUAAUUCUCUUAUCAGUCCAAUAACGAUAGAGCUGGUGGGCUUGAAGCAUCUUGCUGUUGGAGUAGGCAUCGAGAACUUCUUUUGUGGAAUUGGUUUCCUCACGGGACCUCCUCUUGCAAGUUUCAUUUAUUCAGUGACGAAACGUUAUGACUUCACAUUCGUAUUUGCAGGAAUUAUUCUGCUGCUUGCGUCAUUCUUUGGUGCAAUGGUGGGAAUCUUUGGGAAACACUCGCAAAGAAAAGAAGGCGUUGACACGCCACAGGAAGCACAAGAGGCUGUUGAUGUGUCUCCAAAAGGAUAGAGAGCGUGACUGCCACAGCUAAAUUGAGUUGACAUUCAAGGAGGAUCCAGGCAAUUAGUUGCUUGGUCAUAUACAUCAAUGUCACCGAUACCAUUACCUUACAAAGACAUGAUAGGUACACUUGUUUGACAGAGUGCACUGUUGAAAAGUCUACUAAAUAAUAUUAAUUAUGAUAUGAUUUCAAAACAAGUUUGUUUGUCUAAUUUUCUAUAGAAAACAACAGCGAAUGGAACAGGAACGACAUUUCACUUGUUUUGAAUUUAGAGGUCUUCUAUGUGUUAUUGUUAUUGAACACGUUCUUGUUGUCUGACAGUAGUUUAAACACCACAUGUGGUUAACAUUUCAUCAAUAACAUGAUGUGGGUGGAAUAGGAACUAGGGAUUCAGGGCGUUAUCUUCAAAAUAUAAUCAUGAAAUUUGCGUCAGUUGCGUUGAGCAAAUCAGUUACACCUUAAGACAUCCUGUAUCUUUUUGGGUCGUUAGAAUGGCCUGGUAAUUAAAACGUUCGUUCCCCGGCCUGCAGACCCGGUUCGAUUUUCAACACUCAUUACAUCUGUUUGGCAUAAUCCUAUGUAUGUUAUGUAGUCAUUGAUCGUUGGUUUACAAGAGUUGGAGACACCUCCGUGGUCUAGUGGUAGAGCGGAAGGUCCGGGGUUCGAUCCUCGGCCGCGUCAUACCAAAAGACGUUAAAAGAUGGUACUUGUUGUUACCCUGUCUGGCGC